UCUUACUAGUCAUCAAUUUUAUACACAUCAGCGUAUACAUGUCAAUCCCAAUUGCCCAAUUCAGCACACCACCAUGCCUUUCUUCUUAAGUACCUGGUAGUAAAAGCAAUGUAAGACCACGCUGGGGAAUUUCCUGGUGGUCCAGUGGUUAGGACUCGGCGCUUUCACUGGCAAGUUGGCCUGGGUUCAGUCCUUGGUUGGGGAACUAAGAUCCCACAAGCCAUGUGGCACAGCCAAAAAAAAAAAAAAACCACGCUGGCAGGAAUUCUGGGGAGCAGUCUACUAUUGACAGUCAGGAUUGAUGACUUCAUCGUUAUAGUCAUAUUUCAGAAAGCGGGUCAGAGGCCCUUACUAAAGCGUCCCAUGAAGGCACUGCAAGGGAGGGCCUGGUAUAUAUACUUUUACACUACACACAUAUGUUUUACAUUAUUAUUUUUACCCCACUAGUCCUCUUGAAAAAGAAACCAGAACAGAUUCCAACAGGCUUUUUCGUCAAAGGGAGACUAAUGCUGGGGGCAAUAAAGACCACUGCCCCUUCAGUCCAAAUGGGUACAAAGGAGAACUGGGAGAUGUGGACUGACCCUGAGCAAUAGCCACACACCCUUGUAGCAAAGGUAGCACAUGAGACCAGCAGAAAGGCUCCUGGGUGGAGAAUCAGUAAGCAGAGAAUCUGUAAGCAGAAGCCUGGCAGAGGCAGACUAAAAGCAGCAGGCCCGACAUCAAUGGGGACAAAGCCCCUUAACGCCAGAGACCAGAGGAAGUGUUAAAACAGUACCAAGUUGUUUAGUUUUUUUCCGGGGAAAGCUAUCAGAAAUAACUUUUAAGAAUUUUUACUGCAGUAAUGAAAGAACUUACAGGUCUCAAUAACGCAGUUAGGAGGCAGAAGUAAUGGUCUAGGUGAAUUCAACAAUGACAAAAGGGUUAAUGAAAAAUGGCACAGCCCCCGCCCCAUUUCUGACAAACCUUCCAGUUAAUGUCCUCAAUUCAUCACUGAGACACCUUGAAUGUCCCAGAAGCUUCUGUUAAGAAAUCAAAACUGGUGACUCACCAGGAUCCAAAGCUGCUUCAGGGAGAUAGUGAGAUUUCUUCAGGCAGAAAGGAUGGGAAAAGAAAAUACUAAGAAGUUUCUGAAAUCCUGGGGUGUGUUUUGGACAUACCGAGGAAUUGUGUUUGCCUCUCCAUCCCCACUUUCCCUCUAGGCAGGAAAACGUUCUAAAUCCUGGGUGUGGUUCCCCACUCAGAGGGUGAAGCUGCUCUUGAGGGGAUUUCUCGUCCUCUUGGCAGGGGGUCCAGGUUAAGUUUGGGAAUCCUGCCCCAGCCACUGGUACAAGAGCGAGGUGCCUGGGUUUCUCCGAGCAGCUUUCAUCUUCAGGAAUGAUUUCCAGAACCCAAAACUUCAGUCCUUUCUCAGGCAUGGGCAAAGCCAACGAGUCUGCGCGUCCCUCAGCUUAGCUUCCGGCGGCAUCUGGGACAGGGCGCCGCGCCCUUAGAACCGCCCGCGUGCCCCACCGGCUGGUCCCAUGGAGGACGGCUCCCAAGCCGGCCCGGGAGGAGCAACGGCUAGGGGGUGGUGGCGCUCGGCAGCCACCUCGCCCCGGCCGCACGCACCCGCAGCGGCUCCCUUCAAGGUCGCCCUCCGCCCGCAGUCCCGGAGAACCUACGCUCGCACCGCACGCGGGGGCCCGCGGGCACGCGCUCCACGGCUGCGCCGGGGCGCGCCCCCUCCUCAGGCCCACCCUCCGCGCAGGCCCCGCCCCUCCCCGGCUAGACCUGGCCUUGCGUCGCCUGCGGGCUACAACUCCGGCGGUUGGGCCGGGCGGCGCGGCGAAGGGUUUCCCUCUCCUUCCACCCAGGAGGUUACGAGCGGUUACCAGCGGCGCGACAAUACUCCCCGAAACUUCCCUGGUUGCAGCUCUGUCUGGCUACAGGGCGGGGAACGGAUGGGAGAGGACGAGAAAGAGCGGGAGACUAAGGAGACAGGUGCAGAGAGUGAUGCCGCCUGGACCAGGAAACGAGCAGUGAGGAGGGAGAAGUGGACACGAGUGUAAAAUGGAACCUUUGAAACUCAGGUGUUGCAUCAACAAAGUCAAGAAGGUAGUCCAAACUCUUUCUUACAGCAGAUAACUUAAAUUCA